AUGGAUGUAGCCAACUUACAAACUGUUGGAUUCUCUUUUAUACUUGGGGUAAUUAGCACCGAAGAAAGCAUAGCCACCGAAGCAGAGCCCAAGCCAAGCGGAGAUUUUCCCGUUGUCACUACAUCAACUGAUUCAAGUGACGUAAUCACGGUCGUAGUCACUCGCAAGCCGUCCAGCCUUAGUACCAAAGAAAACAUAGUCAGCCAAGCAAAAUCAGUGUCAACCACAAACGUUCCCGAUGUUAUAAGCUCAGCUACUAAGAUCAGAGCAACCAACAUUGUGAGAGUUGGAGGUACGGAACUGUCAACUGUUGGAGAUUCUGUAGCAACAGUCGAAACUGUCACUAUUUCGGCCUAA